CACAAAGACAACUCAAAUCUCUCUCGAAGCACAAUGGGUCAGGGAGCUUCCGGCGGUUUGAAUCGGCAAGGUCUGCCGGGCGACAGAAAGAACGAUGGCGACAAGAAGGAGAAAAAGUUCGAGCCAGCGGCUCCGCCUGCCAGAGUUGGCCGGAAGCAACGUAAACAAAAGGGGCCGGAGGCAGCGGCGCGGCUGCCGACGGUGACGCCUCUGAGCAAGUGCAAGCUUAGGCUGCUGAAGCUGGAGCGGAUCAAGGACUAUCUUCUAAUGGAGGAGGAGUUCGUCAGUAACCAGGAGAGGUUGAAGCCGCAGGAGGAGAAGACUGAGGAGGAUAGAUCCAAGGUCGAUGAUCUGCGUGGAUCUCCGAUGAGUGUAGGGAAUCUGGAGGAGCUGAUUGACGAGAACCACGCCAUCGUGUCGUCGUCUGUGGGUCCGGAGUAUUAUGUGGGGAUUUUGUCGUUUGUUGAUAAGGAUCAGCUCGAGCCUGGUUGCGCCAUUCUUAUGCACAAUAAGGUUCUUUCUGUUGUUGGUCUUCUCCAAGAUGAAGUUGAUCCAAUGGUGUCCGUAAUGAAAGUUGAGAAGGCUCCAUUGGAAUCAUAUGCUGACAUAGGAGGCUUAGAUGCCCAGAUACAGGAAAUCAAAGAAGCAGUUGAACUCCCUCUAACACAUCCUGAACUGUAUGAGGACAUUGGUAUCAAGCCUCCUAAGGGGGUCAUACUAUAUGGAGAGCCUGGAACAGGAAAGACCUUGCUUGCAAAGGCAGUUGCAAACUCUACAUCAGCAACUUUCUUACGAGUUGUUGGCAGUGAGUUAAUUCAAAAAUAUUUGGGAGAUGGGCCAAAAUUAGUGAGGGAGUUAUUUAGAGUUGCUGAUGAUCUCUCACCUUCAAUUGUCUUCAUUGAUGAAAUUGAUGCAGUUGGUACAAAGAGGUAUGAUGCUCACUCAGGUGGUGAACGUGAAAUCCAGAGGACCAUGUUGGAACUGCUAAACCAGUUAGACGGUUUUGAUUCAAGGGGAGAUGUCAAAGUGAUUCUUGCAACAAACAGAAUUGAAAGUUUGGAUCCAGCUUUGCUUCGGCCUGGUCGAAUAGAUAGGAAGAUUGAAUUCCCUCUUCCUGACAUUAAAACAAGAAGACGUAUUUUCCAGAUACACACAUCAAGGAUGACAUUGGCUGAUGAUGUUAACUUGGAAGAAUUUGUUAUGACUAAGGAUGAGUUUUCUGGAGCUGAUAUAAAGGCAAUAUGCACUGAAGCUGGUUUGCUUGCUUUAAGAGAACGGCGUAUGAAGGUGACACAUGUAGACUUCAAGAAGGCAAAGGAGAAGGUGAUGUUCAAGAAGAAAGAAGGGGUGCCGGAAGGACUUUACAUGUGAAAACACUGCUACAUAUGUACUCCAAGAUUAUGGAUAUUGCUUGCUUGCUUUUUUUUUUUUUUUCCUUCUGUGGUUUCUUCUAGGUAUUGCACAUUUCAUUUUAAAGUUACACUUCUUCCCCUGUGUUUUAGACACAUUAGUACAGCAUGAUAGCAGUCCUUUAUGAUUGGACAAAGCAUGUGUUUUUGAAGCAAUCCCUUGAACUUAGAAGCAAGUGAUGAACUUCUGACCCUUGAUCUUUUUAAGUUAUCGCACAUUUUAUUUUAAAGUUA